UAAUAAGAAGCUUCUUUUUUAUCUAUCCCUUCUUGAGAUCACUUUGGCAUGGUUCGAAUUUUUUGGGCAAGUAGGAGUCGAUAAAGAAAUGGCGAGGAAGUUUACGGACGUGUUCGAUGACAAAAUUCUCGAAUCAAAGAAGCCGGCAGGUUGCAUUGGUGGGAUAUUUCAGCUGUUUGGUUGCCAGCAGUUUUUUCAUGGAAGGCAACUCAGUGAGCAAGGCAAUAGGAGGGAUGCUUCUGCUCAUGACUCAGUAUGCCCCAGCAUUAGCUCAUCAUCUAACUUGGAGAAAAAUCAAAGCAGGAGAUCUCAAGAUAACACUAGAUAUUCCAUGGAGUCAUCAAGAACCUCUUUCUCAUCAACGUUUACAACAUUUUCUUCAUUAGAACACAAAUCACCUCAAGAAGAAUCAAUAAACACACAGCACACAUUUUUACCAGGAAGCUCACCAAUGAACUCGUCAAGAACAAGAAGCGCAGGCACCAAUAAAUCUCCUGAUUUCAAAGAAGCUAUCAGGGAGUCUAUUUACAGAGACUUAUGUAGUGCUAAAACGAAGGAAGACAAUAAAAGGAACAAAGUGUUCAAUUCAAUUCACUCCCCUAGACCAAUGGAACAAUCUAAAGAUAGGGAUCUUAAUGAAUCAUUCAGCAAAAUGCUCAAAUUUAAAGUCUGUCCUGAGAGAUUUUCCGAAGGUCGAUCGCCUCGAUUCUCUUAUGACGGAACAGAAAUGUCACGGAUACUCAUUGACAUGAAGGAAUAUGAUAAUAAACAUAAUGGACUCUCAAGGCUUUCAUUGGACAGCAGGGAAUGUUCGCUAAGGUGUAAUUUAAGCCCUAAAAUCAACUCUGCUGUAAAAGAAUCGGAUACUGACGCCGAGAAGAGAGCACCUGCAACCUUGAAUCAACUUCAGGAUCUGGAAAAUAAUGAAAAAAAUUCCAGCAUUGUUGCAAAGAUUAUGGGUUUGGAACCUCUAAAUUCAGCUGCACAAAAUAGUAUCCGAAGCUAUGAUCCCUACAAUAAGCAGAACCAGGUUGCAGCUCAUGAGAAGACCUUGCGGUCACCAAGAAACAUUGCCAAGCCUCCGAGGAGAAACAAUCCACACUUGGAUUUACUUUCCAAAUUUUCAAAUGAAGAAACUCCACAGAUACUGAUAGAAAAUGUAGAAGCAUAUAUGAAUCAGAAAAUUGAAUCAGUUUUCAAAAAGGCCGAGAAGAGAAUACAAAAGCUUCCAUGCCAACACUCCUGUAAGGAACUCCAGGAUAUCAAACGGGUAAUAUCAGCAACAAAAAAUAUUGGCAGUAUGAAACUAAGUUCAGUCAAUUCACCGAGCAUACAGUUCACUCCACCAAACUACAGAACAAACGAAUUAAGCAUAAGAGAUUUGAAGUGCCCAAUUGUGAUCAUGGAACCAGCUAGAAAGCUAGAUGCUACUUUCUCCAAAGUCAUAAAGCUUGAAAGGCAUCCAGGUCUUGGAACGAUUAGAACAGGCGACUCAAGAAAUAACAGAAAGAAGGACUUUUGGAAGAAACAAACUAAAGCAGACAAAAAAUUAACAGAAAAAAAGAUAAAAUGUAGAGGGCCAUACCCAUUAUUGAAAGAAUCAAAUGAAAGGCCGGUAAUUAACACUGUGAGCCCAAGAAUGCAGCACAUGAAGCCUGACCUAAAGAUAAAAGCCACUGCUACUAUUCCCUCCUAUGAUUUGAACAAAUCCCCAAGGCAACCUGAAAAAAGCAGAUUAUUAGAAUCGGUUUCUCCAAGAUGCAAACUAAGAAAAAAACUAAACAAGUUACAAGAUCUUGAGCUUCAUAAUUCAGUUGAACAGGUGAAUGUCAAGGUCAAUAACUGCAUUGAAGGGAAAGGGAAAUCUAUUUUACUGCAAAAAAACAUUCAAAGUUCAACGGUAAAGGUCGGCACUGGAGCAGUUUUGGCGUCCGAAGCUAAGCAUCCGGUGAUACUAAAAGAUAUUUCUACUAAGGAGUUCAACCGAGUUUCCUCUCGGAGGUCAUGUCCCAACUCUCAGUUUGAUGCCUUGCUAAACCAGGAUGGAUUGCUUCAUUCCCCCGUAUCAGUCUCAACAAUCUUCAAAGCAGAGUAUCAGAAUAUACCUUCAGUUAGUAACUUCACCAUGGAGUGUUAUCCUCCGACCAUUCCAUUCACUAAAAGCUCAAGAACUGAUUCUGCCAUAUCAGAAAGCAAGGAUACUGCCAUUCAGGGUUCCAGAGUUCUAAGAACAACAUUCAAUGAAGUUCACAUAGCCAAUGCUAUGUUCGCUCCUGAAAACCAAGAUAAUGAUAGAAUAAUUAUGGCUGAGAAAUUCCAGUUCCGUGGCCUUCUGCAGAAAGAAUCAGACUUGCUUUCCAUUCUCGAACAAAAAAACUGCUACAAGCCAUCUGAAUUUGUUCAGAAUACUAAUCCACAGAAGCUGCAUCAAAAGCCUUCUUUAGAUGCCAUGAAUCAGAUUCUAGCUCAAGAAAUAGAUGUCGCUAGUUCUGGGUGUCCAUUUGAACAAAUGCUCAACUCCGGAAGUUUCAAAAUCAAGCAUCGAUAUAAAGAACUCUGCGCAGAAGUCAAAUGCCUUCGAAGCUGCAAAGAUGGAAACAUGGAUGAUAAAUCAAUGAUUCAUAAAGAUCUGAUCUGGAAUUUACAAAGAUGGGAUAGCUUUAAGAGUGAAUUACCAAUGCUUGAUGUGGAGAUUGAAAGGAUGAUAUUUAAGGAUCUGUUGAACGAGGUAAUAAAUGGCCUCACUGCAGUUGCCCUGGAUGCCAAAGAGAGACGAAAAAGACAAGUUUUUGAAAAAGAUGGAAUGUAAUCUCGCAUGCAAUCUGUUCCCCUUGUUUCUUUCUCCGGAUGGAUGUUGCACUCCAGCUAAUACGGAACCACUUCAGUGAAUUCCCACGCUAAUUGUUUCUUAAAACUACAAAUAAAUUUAAAAAGUAAAACUACCUGCAUGAAGCAACACUCAAGUACCCAUGCGUCUAUCAUAAAUAUGAAGCACUCUACUGUACCAACGUCAAAGUUUGAUAUUUUUCAAGCAUGCAUAUGCAAAUGUAGAAAUGAAACAACAAUGAAGAA